AUGAGUUCCUCUAAUUUCCCUUCCAAAACUAGCCGCUUAUCUGAGAAUUAUGGAUUAGAAACUUUCAAGGAAAUGCGCAAACAGUACAAAGAGAUGAUAUCAACACUUCCCAAACGAGAGUCUGAGUAUCCUUUUUUUGAUAGCUGUCAAUAUGAAGGCUUUUGGUACAAUUCAUCCUUCUUAGAAUCAGCUCUAUGUAUGCAACAAAACUUCAAAGCUCAACCCUCUGAUAUUUUCCUUUGCAGUGCUCCAAAAACAGGCACCACUUGGCGUAAUGCCUUAACCUUUUCCAUUAUGACUAGACAUGACGAUUUUACAAAUAGCCCUUUACUCAAUAAGUUACCCCAUGAAUGCAUACCCUGCUUGGAAUUAGCUUUUCUCUCCAAUCCUAAAUUUGUAGACGCGGAGUUGCCAUUAUUAUCAACACAUCUUCCUUACACACUCUUACCAAAAUCCAUAUUAGAAUCAGAUAAUUGCAAGAUCAUUUACAUAUGUAGAGAACCAAAAGAUACAUUUGUUUCUUGGUGGCAUUUCACACAAAAGAUCAAAGCUAAAUUAAGUAGUAAAGUAUCCCUAGUUACACUCGAUCAAGCAUUUAAGUGGUUUUGCCAAGGAAAAUCCGGAUAUGGACCUUACUGGGAUCACAUAUUGGGAUACUGGAAAGCAAGUGUUGAGAGACCCGAGAGAGUUUUCUUCUUCAAGUACGAAGAUUUGAAGGAGGACACGUUGGGUUAUGUCAAGAAGUUGGCUGAUUUCAUGGACAAACCCUUCUCUAAGGAGGAACAAGAGCGAGGUGUACCUCAAGAAAUUGUGUCACGUUGUAAUUUCGAAAAUUGGAGCAAUUUAGAGGUGAAUAAGAGUGAGAAAUAUAUAUAUGAAAACUUGCCAGGAGUAAGUAACAGUCUACUUUUUCGAAAAGGAGAUAUUGGCGAUUGGAAGAACUAUUUGACAAAGGAUAUGGCAAAAUUCAUUGAUGACAUAACGCUUGAGAAAUUUAAAUCUUCGGGGUUGACAUUCGCUUCUUCAGUAAAGUAA